CAAGCAAUAGAAGCCUUCGGGGAUUAAAGAGAACGAGGAAGUGGUUGUGGAGGGGUAUUUGGUGGGUGAUUUGAGAAGGGUUUCGUUCAGGAAGGGAAUAAAAUCUUGGGGUAGGGGCUGCCAUAAUUUCAUUUUUUUUUUUAAAAAAGCCCCAUAAAGGUGCUGUGUUUUCCUUAGAAGAGAAUUAUAGAGUUGCUCUCUCCAUAAGCCAGGAAGGAUCUUUGGCAUCUUCCAUGUUGGUUUAGGUGGGGUAAAGUCCGUAGAGAUCAUGCCAGGUUUAGGUACCUGGGAUAGGUGACAGUUUAGGAGAGAAGGCUUCACGGUGGAUAAAAAGAGAGGCUGAAUGUCCAGCGGCUAAGAGUCACCCCUGGAAACCAUCCUUAUUUGGGGCUUAUUAGGAAAAAAAAUUGAGGAUGGACUUCGUUUCUUGGCGCCCGUUCAGUUGUUCCUAGAAGCCAUGGACUUCUUGGGUGUGAAUUUUUAAGUGUAUAAUAAUUCGGCAAGUGGAUGAAAACGGGUCGCCUCCGAUCUGUGUCGCUUGAAGUGAGAAACGCUUCCUCCGGGGAUCAUCUCUCGAGUCCUUUUCCCCGUCUCUUCUCGGCACGGUUUUCCAUCCAGCAUCUCUGAUGCCAGAACAAGGCCCCAGAAUGAACGGUUUCUCUCUAGGCGAGCUAUGUUGGCUCUUCUGCUGCCCGCCUUGCCCCAGUCGCAUAGCGGCCAAACUGGCUUUUUUGCCCCCGGAACCCACCUACACUGUGAUGCAACUAGAACAGCAAGAAAGCGCAGCUACGGUGGGGACGCCGACCAGCAGCUGUAGCCUCCAUUUGACUGAACGGGCCGACUGGCAGUAUUCCCAACGAGAACUGGAUGCCGUUGAAGUCUUCUUUUCGCGCACAGCCCGGGAUAAUCGGCUGGGGUGUAUGUUUGUCCGCUGUGCUCCUUCUAGCCGGUAUACCCUGCUUUUCUCUCACGGCAAUGCUGUUGACCUGGGCCAGAUGUGCAGCUUCUAUAUUGGCCUUGGCUCCCGCAUCAACUGUAAUGUCUUCUCCUAUGAUUACUCGGGUUAUGGAGUCAGCACUGGUAAACCAUCGGAAAAAAAUCUCUAUGCAGACAUCGAUGCAGCAUGGCAGGCUUUAAGAACAAGGUACGGUGUCAGUCCUGAAAACAUCAUUCUCUAUGGGCAGAGUAUUGGAACAGUUCCCACGGUAGACCUGGCAUCUCGGUACGAGUGUGCAGCUGUAAUCCUUCAUUCACCUUUGAUGUCCGGAUUGAGGGUAGCUUUCCCUGACACCAGAAAAACGUAUUGCUUUGAUGCUUUUCCAAGCAUUGACAAGAUUUCAAAAGUCACCUCUCCCGUUUUGGUGAUUCACGGUACUGAAGACGAAGUCAUAGAUUUUUCCCACGGCUUGGCAAUGUACGAGCGAUGCCCGCGGGCCGUGGAGCCCCUUUGGGUGGAAGGAGCUGGCCAUAAUGACAUAGAGCUCUAUGCACAAUAUCUAGAACGACUAAAACAGUUCAUAUCUCACGAACUUCCUAAUUCCUGAAGACACCUACAGUACUUGAUAUAUAUUUUUUUCCUUUGAUUUUUUUUCCCUUUGGUUUUUUUUUUACCUCAUUUAACUGUGAAUAGAAGACUUUACCUGUUUUUGCACAUGCAUUAACUGGAUUAACUGUCAUAGCUUUAUACUAUGAAGAAAAGCCCUUUGGACAGGGCGGAUCCAAUCAAGUCUUGAACUGUCUCCUUUUUUAUAUCAGGAAGCUAUUCUAAUGGCCACUACUGUAACCCACACAACAUUUUGUACUUUCCUUACACUAGAAAAGCUGGAGAUGUAGAAGGACAAUGGAUAAACGUGAGGACACUAUUUAAUCUAAGUGCAGGAUAAUAUUUCCACAUUUUCCUGUCCUGCCCUUCAGGUAGUUCGUCUUAGAUAUCUGUAUGUAUAGGGAUUUUCUUUCCUCCCGCCCCCCCCUCCCUCUUUUUAAAAUCUUCCCAUGAUCUGGAAUGCAAAGGAUCUGGACCACAGUUUCAGUCUUAGAGCAUUUCCCACAUCUGUCACAUUUUUAAACUGUGUUAUUGUAACUGGAAAGGAAUUUUGUGGUGAUUUUUUUUUUCAUUGUGUUUCUUAGGAGAGCAUUUUGGGUGACUUUUUCCUUCCUGACUACAAUAUUGAAUGAAAAUUUCUGGAGAGUGCCCAGAGUUUGGGGCACUGAGGCAAUUCUGGAGCAACAUUUCAAUUGUCUGUUUUUUGUUUUUGUUUUUUGCAAAUUUACAAAAUGACAUACUUGGAAAGUUAUAAUAACUCAAUGGAUAUGAAUUCUUUUUUUAAAAAAAAACAAAAAACUGGAAGAGAUGUACAAAUUUACUAACCCCGUUCCUAAGAUAAUGUUCUCAAUCUUAAAUAAGAGCCAGCUUUGGCAGUUACUUGUGUGACUUGCAUUCCUUCUAAAGGUUUUUUUCUUUAAAAAAAAUAAAUAUUGUAUAUAAGUGGGUUUCCUUUAAUGCAUAACUCCUGGCAAUUUAUAAAAUUUAAGUCUAGUUAACAAAUUCUGGUUUGUAUCUGAAUAUGUUUUGGUAUAAGUUUUUAUCCCUGCCUUGCUUUGCUAUUAAAGGUUUUAUAAGAUUACCAGGACAACUAACAAAUUGCACAUUUGUGUUUUUUUUAUGAAUUUGUGUAACUCUUUCAUUGAAACUGGCCCUUUUUUUGUUUGUUUGUUUGUUUAGGGGGAAAAUUUUCUGACACUGGAAUUGCACAGAAUAUGCAAAACACUCUUUAAAUCAUUACACUAAAAAGGCCUAAAGUUUUGUCCCCAAGUUGAACGGCCUUAAAUGUACUGUAAGCCUUUGAUUGUUGUACAAACAGAUUGCAAUUGAUUAUGGUUUGUGUAUUUGUUGCCGGAACGCAACAACAGUGGUUGUAAUGGAAUAAAGGAUGCAUGGAAUAGA